GCUCGCCUGCUUCUCCCCACAACAUUACCACAUAACAACCAUGGCUAUGUCUACUAUUUUGCUUUUGACUUUCUUUUCUUUCAUUUAUGGCAGUGCAGCUACUCAUCACGUUUAUAGAAAUCUUCAGAGUCUAUCUUCUGAUUCCUCCAACCAACCUUACAGAACUGCUUAUCACUUCCAACCUCCCAAGAAUUGGAUAAAUGAUCCCAAUGGACCAUUGAGAUAUGCAGGACUUUACCACCUAUUCUAUCAAUACAAUCCUAAAGGUGCAGUUUGGGGAAAUAUUGUGUGGGCACAUUCAGUGUCAAAGGAUCUUGUGAAUUGGACUCCACUAGAUCCUGCCAUUUUUCCAUCUCAACCGUCCGAUAUAAAUGGCUGUUGGUCAGGAUCAACCACACUACUUCCUGGGAACAAACCAGUUAUUCUAUACACUGGAAUUGACCUAUUGAAUCAGCAAGUUCAAAACUUGGCCCAACCCAAAAAUUUGUCUGACCCAUUUCUUAGGGAAUGGGUCAAGUCCCCCAAAAAUCCUCUAAUGGCACCAACUAGUGCUAACAAGAUCAAUUCAAGUUCAUUUAGAGACCCCACCACUGCUUGGCUAGGCAAAGAUGGGCAUUGGAGGGUACUUGUUGGAAGCAAAAGAAGAACUAGGGGAAUCGCAAUUUUGUAUAGGAGCAAAGACUUUGUUAAUUGGGUUCAAGCCAAACACCCUUUGUAUUCAAUCCUAGGAAGUGGCAUGUGGGAGUGUCCUGAUUUUUUCCCUGUUUUGAAUAAUGACCAAUUGGGUGUUGACACGUCGGUGAAUGGUUAUGAUGUUAGGCACGUGCUCAAGGUUAGCUUGGAUGACAAAAAACAUGAUUACUAUAUGAUUGGGAGUUACAAUGCUGCCAAGGAUGCAUUUAUCCCGGAUGAAGAGUCUAAUGAAUUUGUUUUAAGAUAUGACUAUGGAAAAUACUAUGCCUCAAAAACUUUCUUUGAUGAUGGGAAGAAGAGAAGGAUUUUGUUAGGGUGGGCUAAUGAAUCCUCUAGUGUUGCUGCUGAUAUCAAGAAGGGAUGGUCUGGAAUCCAUACAAUUCCAAGGGCUUUGUGGCUGCAUAAGUCUGGUAAACAGUUGGUACAGUGGCCAGUGGUGGAAGUUGAAAAGCUACGUGCAUACCCAGUCAACUUGCCCCCCCAAGUGCUAAAAGGAGGCAAGUUGCUUCCAAUUAAUGGUGUCACAGCAACACAGGCCGAUGUUGAAAUUUCAUUUGAAGUGAGUAAUUUGAGAGAGGCUGAAGUAUUGGACUAUUGGACAGACCCCCAAAUUCUGUGUAGUAAAAAGGGUUCAUCCAUCAAAAGUGGACUGGGCCCAUUUGGUCUGUUAGUUUUUGCUUCAGAGGGUUUGCAAGAGUAUACAUCAGUUUUCUUCAGAAUAUUCAGACACCAACACAAAUAUUUGGUGCUCUUGUGCAGUGAUCAAAGCAGGUCUUCCUUAAACAAAGACAAUGAUUUGACCAGUUAUGGAACUUUUGUGGACGUCGACCCUCUUCAUGAGAAGCUAUCAUUGAGAACCUUGAUUGAUCAUUCUGUCGUGGAGAGUUUUGGAGGAGAAGGAAGGGCUUGCAUCACGGCUAGAGUUUAUCCCACAUUAGCAAUCAAUGAUGAAGCACAACUAUAUGCUUUCAAUAAUGGAACUGCUGAUGUCAACAUCACAAAACUGAAUGCUUGGAGCAUGAAGAAAGCACAGAUAAAUUGAUACCGAGCAGAAUGGGAGAAAUGGAAGAACCAUAAAAGUUCAUGAUGACUAAUUUUUUGACUUCUUCUACUAAUGCCUCUAAAUAUCAUUGAUGCACAACAAUAAUAUGCUUGUCAUUCAUCUUAUUCAGAUUUAAUAUUUGAUAAGUUGACAAAAUAAAAAAUAUAUAUUUAAGAAGAAUGAUGCCAUUAUAAUCU